AUGGCUUCAGCCAACAACCGGAAGGCCCAGACGGGGACCUCUGACCCCAUUAUCCAGAGGAUUGCGGACGAGGACACAGUCCCUUGGUACAAGAAGAGCAACCUCCGUUAUCUCUACUUGAUGCUGUUUCCCACGUGCAUGGGCAUCGAGCUAACAUCCGGCUUCGACUCGCAAAUGAUCAAUGCCCUCCAGAUUGUGCCAGCAUGGGGAAAUUACUUCGGAGACAGGCCCCACGGCAAGUUCUCCGGUGAACUCAAGGGCAUCAUCGCCGCUGCCUACUCACUCGGCGCCAUCCUAUCACUCCCGCUCAUCGGCAUGGUCAAUGACAGGUUUGGUAGGCGUUGGUCUAUCUUUGGGGGCUCGGCCAUCAUGGCCGCCGGCGCAAUCAUCCAAGGCUUCUCGGUCAACGCUGCCAUGUACAUUAUAGCACGUCUGUUGCUGGGAUUUGGGAUUCCAACUUGCAUUGUCUCGGGAUCAGCCUUGAUCGGAGAGCUCAGCCAUCCGAAAGAACGCGCGUACCUAACAUCUUACUUCAACGUCUCAUUUUACUUCGGACAGAUCCUGGCCGCUGGGAUUUGUUUCGGAACUAAUAACGUGGCAGGUGACUAUGCCUGGAGGAUCCCGUCCUGGCUUCAAAUGUGUCCCUCUCUGAUACAGAUGGCGUUCGUCUUCUUCAUCCCAGAAAGUCCCCGGUGGCUCAUCAGCAAAGACAGAGGAGAAGAAGCCUACAAGAUUCUUGCAACAUAUCACGCCGAGGGUGACCACGAGUCUGAGUUCGUAAAGGCUGAGGUUGCCCAUAUUUCAACAACUCUCAAGCUCGAGGUGGGAGAUUCCAAGAAAUCAUACCUGGACCUGUUCAAGACGGCAGGCAUGCGACGUCGCUCGCUCAUCAGUGCCAUGCUGGGGCUCUUCACGCAGUGGUCCGGCAACACCCUCAUCUCCUACUAUCUGAGCGAUAUCCUCAACAUGAUCGGACAGUCAGAUUCUAUCUUCCAGCAACAAAUCAACCUAGCCAUUUCGUUCUGGAGCCUGGUCUGCGGUGUUAUUAUCUCCAUAACAAUGGUGCGGAUGAAACGCGUCACAGCGGCCUACAUGUGCACCAUAAGUUUGUUAGUCGUAUAUGUCGCGUGGACUAUCGCUAUGCAACAAUCGAUCGUCGCCAUGGAGAAAGGCUCCAGGAACAACGCUGCCAAUGGGGCAGUCCUGUUCCUGAUUUUCGCAUACAAGCCUGCGUACCAGAUAUUCUAUAAUGCUUUGACCUACACUUACCUUGUCGAACUCUGGCCGUUUGCCGAGCGUUCCCACGGUAUUUCCUGGUUCCAACUCUGGAGUCGGCUCGCGAGCUUCGCCACCACCUUUGUCAACCCUAUCGGCCUGGAGAGUAUCGGGUGGAAAUAUUUCAUCACCUAUUGUUGCAUUUUGGUGUUUGAGAUUGCCUUCGUAUACUUCUACUUUCCCGAAACUUCUGGCCGUACCCUGGAAGAGUUGGCCUUUUUAUUCGAGGACAAGUCGCUUGCCGAGGAAGCAAAUGAAUCUGCAGUCAAGGCACUCGGGGGACCUAAGCACGUCGAAGUAGAGACGUCGAAGAAUUCGCUGGCGUAG